UGGCAAGGUAAGUUUGUCAAAACGAACGCAUAUUUAUAUAGUUUACUGAGCAUAUUUACUACAUCUACCGUGGGGAUAUUUUACAAAGAGGGAUGCCGAAACACAGUGCCAGAUAAUAUAGCGUGAUAACAAACUCAUUCACCAUUGGAAAAGACAGAAAGAGAGAGUGAAAAGUGCCACAGGCAUAGUUUUACAGCUGUGAAAAGCCACAAGUAUUUUACUAAUAGUAUAGAGUUGGCUGUUAUUGUGUUUAGAUGUUUUAGUAUAUACGUUAUUUGGUAAAGAAAUACUGGGCUACUUAUAAACUUGAGUACCAUUUCCUGAUCCUAUAACAUAGUUUGUUUUAAGGUGUGUUGCCAACCAAUGAUAUGUCAGGAAUUUUGACGAGUUGUGAUAACAAAAGGAUUAUAAAACCGUGUAACACCUAGGGCCGUAAAACGAACAAUUUAGAACUAACCAGGCUUCUACCGUAAACUAUAAACUCAAUCAUCAAUGGGUCAUUCUGUGUCCAUUUAACGGCUAGGAAGAUAAAAGAAUAAUGACCAGUAAUACUGUAUUGAUCACCUUGUGUUUGUAAAGGUCUGUGGUUGAAUAACUCGAUUUUUUAUAUGUAAGAAGAGUAAAACAUUGAAGAUUACCACUUCAGACUUGGAUAGAAGAAAAUUUGACUGACUUUGAAAAAUGAACAAAUGCAGACUGAUACAAAAGUGAAGAAGAUUCAUUUUCCUGGAAAUAAAAGCUUGUGACAGAUGGCUGAAACAAUGAUAGAAAAUGAUGAGGGUAAAUAGAUUGGUCAAGUUAAUUGUGAUAGUUCUGUGUUGUUCUUUAUUAUUGUCCUUCUGUUUCUGGAGUCAAUGUAAUCAACCACAACAUAUCAACAAUGUGGACCAGCGACCAGACACCGGGGGUAACGUGAAUUACCAGGCCAGAUUUCACAAUCGAGAUACCAAUUCCUUGAAAAAUACCAAAGAAUUAUCGGUGUCAACCGAUUUAAAGUAUCAUGAGAUAGAUUGCGUUAUUAACGGAGAAUAUAGAAUUAAAUGUCGACGGGAGUCAAGUGAUGUCUUCGUACCGUUUUCAUUCGUUCAAAAAUAUUUUGAGAUAUAUGGUAAAAUCUCGACUGAAGAUGGUUUUGAGAAGUUAGCAUGGGAACAUAGUUAUUCUACAGUACAUCGUCCCCGUGAACACUAUUCACCCGGGGGAGUGUUCAUGUCGUUUGAAUUCUAUAAUGUGGAAGAGAGAGAUAGAGUUCGAUGUAUCAGUGGUAUGGAAGGUGUUCCGUUAUCCACACAAUGGACACCAGCCGGACAUUAUUACCCGAUACAGAUAUCACAGUUUGGAUUAAGUCAUCUCAGUAAAUAUCUAACUCAAGGAGAACCAGAAGUUUUAGUUCUAGAAGACGGAGAAGAUGACCAUUUAGAAAACUGGAUUUUACCUGACAAGCGAUAUAAGCUACAACUACUGAAAGAUGCUACUUUAGGAACUACAGUUGUAGAAUUCACAACAUCAGAUUCUCUGAAAUAUCCAGGUAUAUCCAUUCCAGCAGACGAGAAAGAUGAUUUUGUUCUUUGUGCUGAUUUACGCUUCGCAUCAAACGGCAGUAUUACAGUUACCAUAGAAACACCAAAUCUUCAGUUAUUUCACAUACAUUAUGUCCUCAGUUCAAAACUUAUCUCCCUUGAUGGUCAUGAUAUUUAUUAUGGUCUCGGGGAACGAAGGGGACAGUGGAUGCACAUCACGCGUACAGUGUCCGUAGAUUUCGACAAGGGUUUAGCAUUAAAAUUUAAUAAAGUGAAAAGGACUAAGAUGAAGUUAAAGGUGUCACGAAUAACAGAUGUGAGCGUCAGAGGUCACGGUUGGUUGGAUAAUUUAACGUUAUCGACCACAGCGCAUUUAGACAAUUUUUAUAAUGCCGCAAACUGGUUGGUCUAUCAUCAAAACGAUCGGGGUGGUUGGCCAAUCAUGGUGCAACGAAGUCUCAUUCCAGGUGUCCUUGAACUUCCACCAGGCUGGUAUUCGGCCAUGGCCCAAGGUCAAGCUAUGUCCUUGUUAGUGCGCGCUUAUCUACGCACGCAAAAUACGAAAUAUUUACAAGCGGCGGUGGACGCUUUAAAAUUAUUUGAAAUAGACAGUACACAAGGUGGUGUUUUAACAAAAUUUGCCAAUCGAUACGAUUGGUACGAGGAAUAUCCCACAACUCCUAGUAGUUUUGUGUUGAACGGUUUUAUAUAUUCCUUACUAGGACUUUACGAUUUAAAAGAAGUGACAGAUGGCGAAGAUUCCAAGAUGGCCUCUAAACUAUAUUCUAACGGCAUGCAGACAUUAAAGAUCAUGUUAUUGAUGUUUGACACGGGAUCGGGAACAUUCUACGAUUUACGUCAUAUCACAUUAGGUAUCGCACCGAACCGUGCACGUUGGGAUUAUCACACAACUCAUAUCAAUCAACUUCUGCAACUUAGUGUCAUCGAUGACGAUCCGUUGUUUAAGAACACAGCACAACGAUGGAUGGACUACAUGAAAGGAAAACGCUCUAAACAUAAUUGAAAAAAUUCCACGAAAUACAUAAAUUAUAUUUUUUGCUUCUGCAUGUUUUUCGUUACAUACAAAACCACCAUCGUAAUAUUCUUUUCAUGAAAACCUUGAGUUUUGUGUUAUAUCUGAAGGUUGUAAAAUAUUUCUCGUAAAUAUAAACAAAUGAUAUUGCGUUUUUAAUCGUUAACAUCUUCCAAUUAUUGUCUUCUGUGAAGCUUUUUUAUUUGUAUAACGCCAAAAAUAUAUAAACUAAAGCCUGUCUCACACGAGUACGUCACUAUUCUCCAUAACCCCUUGUGCUAGGUUUUUGUGUAGGUCAAUGUAGGCUGUGAGAGACCACAAUUUGGUAUCCUGAUGUGGUCAGCCGACAUACCACUUAUAACAGUGUAGCGCAUGCUUCGUGUGAGAGUUGCUUUAGGAUGAAAAUAAGAAAAAUUGAAAAGCGAGGAACAAGUGUUGUAUUUAUAUUUUAUAACUGUAUAUUUAAUAUGGAAGUUGUUCAUAUUGAACAAUUGUUAUAGAACAUUUUAUUAUUAUAAUUAUUAAAACAUGCUGUAUAGCUUCAUUUAUUUUAUUCAACUUUCUCUUGAUCAGGUGCCUGUUUCACGAAAUUUUAACUAAAGAUAAAAUCCAAUUUUAGUAGAUACUUCAAUUUUGAUUGGCUAAGCACUAAAAUCAAUCUAAUAUUAUCCAAUCAAAUUACUAAAAUUUGGAUUUUAUCUUAGUUAAAAUUUCGUGAAACAGGCCCCAGACCCGGAAAUAACGAUUUGUACAAAAGGCUUUAAUGAACUUGUACCUGCCAUCUUGAAUCUGUACCUGCCAUCUUGAAUUAAGAAUAUUAGUAACAACACUAAAGAAACGUGCCUGAUAAUGUGUGAAUUUGUGCCUGACGAUGUCUGUGACAGGUGCUUGUAUUUCCAGGCUUCGUAACAAUAUCUGUUGUAGGGUGGUGUUUUGAUAGAUAAUUGAUUGAAGCAGUGGUUAUGAUCAUUAUAUGUUAAAAAUGCUUAUUACCAUUGCUGGUACUGUUGUGAAUUAAUUUUAUUUUAUUUUUAGAAAUAUAAACCAGUGUUUUUACAAAUGUUAUUUCUCUACUUAAAGGGGAAUUCCAACCAUUUUCAACAAGAUGUUUAUAAAUUUUAAAUUUAUCAGUAUAUAUUUAAGAUUUAUGGAAACCUUGUUAAAAAACGUUGGUCUUCCCCUUUAAAUGUCUCUGGGUGCCAUUUGCAUUUUUCAGAAAAUAUCAAAUUUUCUACGACUUCAUCCUCGUUGAAAUGUACUCAAAUUGAUUAAUAAAACAAAACCAAAAAAUCAACGGUAAACAAUCUUUCGGCUUGGAUUCAAUCGAAUUAUAAAGGGUUUCUAAGAUACGGUCCAUUAAAUUUUUGUGAUUUCGGCCAAGAUUGGCAUAGCCACCAACCACCAAUGUUCAAAUUUGUCCAUAGCUUAUUAAUCGAUUUGUCAAAAUUGUUGAAAUGGGUUUUUCUGGAUGGCCAAUUCCACAAAUUUAUAAGCAUAUAAACCACAUUUCAUCCAAAUUGAAGGGGUUACCGUUUACCUCAUUGCCUGAUAUUGCAAGGAAUAACCGUAUUACACUACAAGGGUUAGGGUUAGAACUUUAUUUAUAAUCAGCUUCUUUAAACUGCACUGCUUAUUAUAGUUAAUUUUAUUUAGUAGACAGUAAAAUGAAACCUAAAAAAAACCUUAUUUAAUCCAUUGAAUAAAACCAAUUUAUAACGAUGAAUGUAAAUGAAGGUUAUUUGUAUAUUAGUAACGGAAUAUAUUCGUCAAGAUAAGUAAUAGUAUAUUAUCAAAAUCGAAAUAUAUUUAUUAAUCAUCUAUCUCAAUCUGAUUAAAAUACAGAUCUAUAUUUCAUUUCGUUUCUUUAUAAGUUCGAUGGGGGGGUUGGAUGGCCGAAUGGUUAGCAGGUGCGCGCUGUAUCAUUGAGUCAACUGGCGUGGAUUCGAAUCCCCAGUUGUACGUGACAAGGAGUAGGGUCGCCUGUCCAACCUCGUGGGUUUUCUCCGGGUCCUCCGGUUUCCUCCCACUGCUAAAGACCCCUACGCGCAAGCGAAUUAUUGAAAAAAAAAUUUAACCAUAUGUUAGUCCUGAAAUGACCUAGUUUGUGUCGAGUGGACGUUAAUCUCCAUAUCUCUCUCUCUCUAUAAGUUCGAUGGCUUGUACUACUAGUACAAGGUUGUGUCAGGGGUCAUACGAGCAGCUUUUGAGCCUAUGACAUCAGACAUUUGAUUAACCAAUCAGCGUUGAUGUUUCUAGUGGGUUACCCACUCAUGCCAAAAACUCGCUGUAACAGACCAAUUCAUUGGCUAAUGCCUCACAUCAGCCUGAACACGAGUUAUAUAAUAACUCUUUCAGAUCCUAGUGUAGUAGAGACAAGAAAAACGAAAUUUUGAACGAUAAAACGAAACGAAAUAGGAUCUGUAUUUAAAUCAGAUUGCGUCUAUCUAUAUAAAAUAUUACCUCAUGCUUAUUUAAUUAUGGUCAUAAAACAGGAAUAAUACACCAAUAGAUGAUAUAUGUAGCUCAUGGAAUCCACUGUGGCUCAGUGAGUCAAUCUAUGGCUCUCUAACCAAGAGAUCUCGGGUUCACUUCCUCAGGAUUUAUCUAGUGUGGUUUCUUCUUGUCAAUGGUGCAGGACGGAAGGUCUGGCAAGGAACAAUGUCUAUUUCUUCAGAUGGCACGAUAUACUGAGGUCCCAUGUACACAUUGGCUUGCGACGUCAUACUGAGGUCCCAUGUACACAAUGGCUUGAAAUGAUAUAUUGAGGGCCUGUGUACACAUUGGCUUGCGACGUCAUACUGAGGUCCCAUGUACACAAUGGCUUGAAAUGAUAUAUUGAGGGCCUGUGUACACAUUGGCUUGCGACGACAUACUGAGGUCCCAUGUACACAAUGGCUUGAAAUGAUAUAUUGAGGGCCUGUGUACACAUAGGCUUGCGACGACAUACUGAGGUCCCAUGUACACAAUGGCUUGAAAUGAUAUAUUGAGGGCCUGUGUACACAUUGGCUUGCGACGACAUACUGAGGUCCCAUGUACACAAUGGCUUGAAAUGAUAUAUUGAGGGCCUGUGUACACAUUGGCUUGCGACAAUAUACUGAGGUCCCAUGUACAUAUUGGCUUGCGACAAUAUACUGAGGUCCCAUGUACAUAUUGGCUUGCGUCGACAUACUGAGGUCCUGUGUACACAUUGGCUUGCGACAACAUACGGAGGGCCUGUGCACACAUUGGUUUGCGCAUAAAGGAACCCUUGAUAGUUUGAAUUCCAACGAAGAGUAGGCCAUAAUUUGACUGUUUGGACAAAAUUUCCGUCAUCCCUCAUAGCACACUGCAUGGCAUUUAUAAGUCUUCAUUGACUCGCUUUGAAAUGGUGCUGAAUUGAAACUUUUAAACAUAUGAUCGUCUGAUUGGUGUUUGAUUAGCGUUGUUUUGUUGUAGUCAUGACGACAGAUAAACUGACGAUGUGUUCAUCACACCACAUGUUUUUAUAUAGAACGUUGAUUUAAAGAUUAAAUGCUCAAACUCUUCAUGACAGGGAUAACAGAAAAAAAAACAAAAUACAACUUAUGUUUGUUUGUUUGUUUUUGUCUCAGGCGAAAUAAGUUAUCUACACGUUGUACAAAUUAAACAAAAGUUGAUGACAUGCCCAAUAAAUGAAGAGAGGAACUUCGAAUAAUGAAGUCUGAUUUGGUUGUGAGACUGUAAAUUAUAUGAAUAUGGUACUUGUAGAUAUUAUAUUCAAUGUUUUGGGAAUAUUUGGGUCAGCUUUUUCGUUAUAUCAUAUUUCCCUAUUUUUGUAUGAGGUAAAUAAUCAAAAUAUUUAUAAGUGUUCGUUAAACGAAUAUCUCUCGACAUCAAAAGAUAAUACAAAAUUCUGGAUAUGUUCAACGUAAACAAAAGAUUUUCUACCUCAUAGCUUUCCUUUGUUUUAUUACGUUUUUUUUUUUCAAGAAAUAUCUCCUCAAGUCAUUUAUAUCACUUUGUUAAAUUCAUUUUUUAUUUUAGGGAUACAUAUUGAUAUUGAACAUUUAGAAGGACAAUUUGGAAAUUUUAGCAACGCAAACUUUUUAAUAUCCAAAUCAUGCAUUUAAUCCAAACAUUUAAUUGUAAUUCUUUUUUAAAUAGUUCUAAUAUAAUUAACCCUUUCGCAGUUGGUACAUUUAAAUAUUGAUGAACAUGUUUUCUUGAAAAAAAAUUGAGAAAAGUGAUAUAUUUUGUACAAGUAUCCCGAAAAUACUGCCUCAAACCACCUGAGUCACAUGAACAGCUUCCCCUAUUCAUGUGAAUCGGGCAAUCUAAGCAGCGCUAGUUUUGGGAGGUAUAAAGGGUUAAUAUCUAACCAUGUGGCUGUACGAUUUAUACAUUGAUUUUGAUUGGUCAAGAAGAACAUCUAGCCACGAUUUUAGAUUUUUAUAUAUUAAAGUUAUUUUAAUUAAUAUUUUUACCAUAAUACAUUUAUUUAAUUUCCUGUGAGUUUUACGUAAGUGAUACAUCUUUAACAAUUUUAAUUAGAUCCUUAGAAGAUUAAGAUUUUAAGGCUCAAAUUACUUAAGGCCCAUAAUUUCUAUUCUAAGAAGAUAGUGAAUGUUUCUAUAAUUUAAGGCCCAAAUUUUAUGUUUUUAUUUUGAUUCUGGGAAGAUUAAGAAUUUAAGACCUAUAUUUUCAUUUUUAAGAGGAUUAAGAAUUUUCAAGUUAAUUAAGGUGCAUAUUUUCUAUUCUAAGAAGAUUAAGGCCCGUGUUUUACAUUUUUAAGUUGAUUCUGAGAAGAUUAAGAAAUUUCCUUUUAUUUAAGGCCCAUAUUUUCUAUUCUAAGAAGAUUAAGGCCCACGUUUUACAUUUUUAAGUUGAUUCUGAGAAAAUUACGAAAUUUCCUAUUUUUUAAGGCCCAUAUAUUUUCGAUUGUUUGUGAUAUUUGUAUAUAGAUAUGAUUUAAAGCAUUCCAUUAAUAUUGUAAUUAACCUGGAGUUGUAAAUAUCUUAAUGUGAUUCAUCAUUAUAAUAAUAAUAAUAAUAAUAAUUGUAUUAAAGUAACCGUAGCAGCAGCUCAGUGCUUCCUACAUGUGUAUGUGUGUGUAUAUUUACGUUUUUUUUUCUUUAAUGUGCGCCGUUUUUUGUUUGAAGGGACCUGAUACCCUAUUGAUAUUCUUAUUUGAUUGACAUUUCAAAAAGUCCUAAGAUAAGAUUUUAUUUUAUAGAGAAGAGCAUGGAAACACUGUGAAAGUCAAUACAGUAAAUUACAAUUAGGGCAUCCAAAGGUUGCGGUUUUACAAAAUGAAUAACAAAUUUAUCGAUAUACUAAAUUAUAUUAGAUAAUGCUAUGAUUAACAGUACUUAUUCAAUCAUUUAUUGAUAUCAGUUGUAUCAAGCCCCUGCAUGUUUUUUAAAAUUAAGAAAAGGAGGGCGGGGGGAGGGGGAGGACUCACAUUUACAUGAAGAUACUGGAUACAAAUUGUACCACUGGAAAUACCCAAGUCAUAGAAUAUUUCAGAUAAUGGUGUAAUGAAACUAUAUACUAGAGUUAUCUCCCUUAUAAUGUCAAUACACAACAUUUACUUGCAGUUACCGUAACAGAAGUCAAUUCUUAUUGGAUGUUUAAUUUCUCUUUGUAAGGGCUUCAUGUUUGUAAAUAUUCAAUAAUUAACUUUGAUAUUUAACAAUUAACUGUAAUGUAUUUCUUUUCAAUCCACUAAAAUUUUAUUUUUAAUAUCUUUGUAAGUUAAACUUUAUCCUGAGUAAGAACUAUAUUUAAGGCAUGACUCUUGUUUUCAUUGUUUCAAGCUAACCCGGCUAGAGGACUUAGCUGUCAGUAAAUUUAAAUGCCUUAAAGUUAAUUAACUUUAAAAUACAAUAAGUAUAAUUAAAUUUAUAAAAACACUUCAAAUUAUAUAUUUAAAGAAAUUUGGACGAUUAUGUUUGAUCCAACUCCCUUUUUUAAUCAUCGAUAUGUCAACAAAGGAUUUUGUGACAUGAACAUGUCUCAUUCACAUUGAUAACUAGAACCCUAACCCUAACUCUAAUCCCUAACCGAUUAACAUUUUGGGAGGUAGGAGUUAAAAUGGGGGUUCAGUAUUUUUUGGGGGAUAAAAUGGAGUCAGAUCAAACAUAAUCGCCAAACUUGAUAAUGCUAAAAAUGGUCAUAUUUUUUGGGACUUUUUUUUUUAAAUGAUAGCACUAGUAGUCUAUAAAGGUUGAUGUCAACUUGGGUAAUAGCAAAUGGUGUUUAGUAACCUAGUAAGGCAUAAAGACCCAUCUUAACUUGGGUAAUAACACAUUAUGUUUAUUAACCGAGUAAUAAAGACCUAUAUCAACUUGUGUAAUAACACAUGCUGUUUAAAGACCUAUAUUAACUUGGGUAAUAACACAUUAUGUUUAUUAACCUAGUAAUAAAGACCUAUAUUAACUUGGGUAAUAACAAAUGCUGUUUAUUAACCUAGUAUGCUACAAAGACCUGUACUAACUUGGGUAAUAACAAAUGGUUUUUAUUAACAUAGUAUGCUGCAAAGACCUAUAUCAACUUGGUUAAUAACGCAUGGUGUUUAAAGACCUAUAUCAACUUGGGUAAUAACAAAUGGUGUUUAUUAACCUAGUAAAUAAAACUUACCUCAUCUUAUAUGUGAGGAAUUAUAAUAAAUGGUGUUUAUUAACCUAGUAUAUGAAACUUGCCUCAUCAUAUAUGUGAGGAAUUAUAAUAAAUGAUUCUGUUUUUGGGUAAUAAUAAAUGGUGUUUAUUAACCUAGUAUAUGAAACUUGCCUCGUCAUUUGUGUGAGGAAUUAUAAUAAAUGAUUCUACUGUUUUUGUUUGUUAGUAUUUGUGAAAUCUGAUUAAAAUACAAACCUAUAUUUUCAGGGGUGGGGGCGGGUUAUACUUUCGAUUGCCUUCACUACUUGAAGAUCUGACCGGAUGUAGUGGUAGGUCGCGUCAGGUGUCACGACUUUUGACCCUAGGAUGUCAGACAUUUGAUUCACCAAUCAGCUUUGAUGUUUCAAGUGGGUAUUUUAAAAUACAACUUUUGCUUUGUGUUCUUUGUCUUCACCGUGCACCGAAUGCCAAGAACUCGCCGCAAUUCACAGACAGUUUCAUUGGCUAAUCCCUCACCUCAACCAGAACCCGGGUUAUAUAACAACUCUGCCAGAUCCUAGUGUAGUGAAGGCAAAUAAAAACGAAAUUUUAAACUUUAAAAAACAAAACGAACAAAAUAGGAUCUGUGUUCCUAACCCUAACCCUAGGAUCUGUGUUUUAAUCAGAUUGGUUAUUUGUGCAUCUUGCAAUUUGUGCUGUGUUCAGAUUUGUUUUAUUGUCAUGUCUUCUGGUAAAGGUCAUGUAAGGUUGUUAAUAUAUAUAUAUAUAUAAAAAUAAAUAUUAUAUAUAAUGUGUAAAUCUAAAACAAAAAACGAAUUAAAAUAACAAAUAUUAUAA